AUGCCGGUCUACUCCACUGAGACUCACGACGGCCACACGCCUACCCCAACCAGCGGCAACUGCGACGAGUACCUCCGCCAGGUCGAGGAAAUUACCGACAUGUUCAUGCUCUUCAACGACGAAGACGCCGACAAUGUCCUCCACAAGGUAGACGACCUCCUCGCCGCGCACGGAGGGUGGGACCACGACCACGCUGCUCCGCUCUCCCAGACGGUCAUCGCUCAGAUUCGCGCCGUUGUCGCGCACGAGCUUGAGAUCGCCAACAAGACGCAUGCGGUCCCCGCAGCUCCUACGACCAAGUUCCCUGCCAAGUGA